AUGGAAGAAGCUCACAGAGGUCUUCGCCUGUGCGCAGGAGCCACAUCAUUGGCUCUCGCUAUGGAAUCGAAGGAGAAACCCUUCGCUAACUUUAUCCAUGAACACAAAAAUACUGCUAUAAUGUGUCAAGAGCGUCUUUCACCCGAUAGCCUAAAUUUCGAAGUGCUGCAGAUUCUUGUGAAUGAUGACGCACGUGAAUGCUUCCGACAACUUCCGAAGAGCCGUCGUCAACGGGAUUGCAGCAUGCGGGGAACGCUUGAAUGCCUUGUCUGUGGCAUAUCAACACGCAAAAUUGAAAGCGCUACUGGCGAUCUUAGCCAGGAGAAGGGUCUGAUGAGAGCGUUGCGUGGUCAACUGAGACGUGAUCGCGAGAACGAAUCCAAAGAAAUCGUGCAACGACUACUUCUUUGUCUUGAGUCAGGCGAACCUCAGCAUUUUUCGGAACUUGCUGCAAUGCAACUAGAUAGAAUGGAUUUUCGAAUACCAGGAAUACCGUUUCUUAAACCAAACAGGGAAACAGAACAGCGUAUUGCCCGCCGCCUUGGCUUGAUGUCCUAUGCGGCCAUAGAGCAGAGACGAGAAAAACACUUGAAGAAGUUUUUGGACGUUAGAGAACGUCUUCUUGAGGAGAGAAAUUUAAAGGAGGUGAACUCAACAACGCAAAGCUCCCGAACGACACAAAUCCCAAGUAAAGAAAGAAUGGCAAUUGUCAGGAAUCUACUCAGGAAUGCAAGAGAAAAUGAACUUAGAAUAUACGCCUCCCUUCUGGCCGAUGGAAAUUUCGCACGUUUAGCUGAACUGGAGAAGAUCAAAAAUGCUAAUAAUACCCUUUCUGGAAUUUUACGAUCCAAAAAAUUAAUGAAGGCAACAUUAUCGUCAAAAGAUCGGAAAACGUUCGUCUACUACGAAUCGCCGCGAAUGAAUGGGUCAGAUGCGAGUUUUCGUCCGGGAACUGUUCCAGAACCUCAAGAAAAAAAGGGAGUUGUUAGCAACUACUAUACGCAAAAGUACUUCGUACGUAGAGGAAGAAAUCCUACGAAAGUUCGAGCAAGUCCCCAAAAGGGAUUACUAGAUGCUCAGCGUAUUAAAAUUUUGAAAGAAGACAAGAACUUGACCAUUCCAAUUCAAGCAUUGGGAUUGAAGAAAGUAUACAGGGGGCAAUCGCUUCCUUUGAGUGGGUCGAAGACACUAUUUUUUACACCAAAAAUACACAUGAAAAGCAGUUUGAAAGGGUCAGCAGAUAUUUCGAUGGUUGCUCCAAUUCACACACCAUCAAAUAAUGAAGAAACUACUCCUCUUGAUGCACCACAACAAUUCCACUAUAUUGUAAAUAACAUUGAUGAGGCAGGAUCAUCAGCGAUCUUCCGGAUAUCAGAGUGCGACUUAAACAACUCCUCACUUUUUCUAAACAACACUAACACUCUUUCAAAGAAUUUACAGUUCAAAACAAAUUCCACGGCUCAAAUCACGUUACCGAUAAAUUCUUCGGAUGAGAGUGAGGUGAAAAAAAUUCUUGUAAGUCAUCGAAGCCUUCGAAAACAUUGUUUAGAAUACGGGGCUUAUAUAACCAAAAAGGCUGAGCUAGAGGACCCCUCUUGUCACACCGUGCUCCCGUCAACGGAAUCAAUCGAUAGUUAUCUCCAUCAAGCACACUCUCGCUCAGAAAACAAUCGUCUCGCUUGUCAUGCACUUUUAGACGAAUUAAAAGACGCUUGCAGUACACUAGGAAAAUGCUGUCCGAGCACAAAAAGAUGUGAGAAGCAGCUUCAAGUACCUUCGCUACAGCAACGGCUACAACACGCCAUUGACCGCCUCAUCAUUCAGCAUAACAUCUGCGAAAGAAAUAUGUUGGAGACUUUGAGGCUCAUUCAAGAUUUUGAGGACGUGAAACGAUAA